AGGUGAACAAUUUGAGGACGCAAUUCACAUUUUGUGAACAUGUGGUUGUGGCCUCACGCGUUUAACAUAGUGAAUUUUUGGGUGAACCGGGAGACACGACCCGCUUCUCGAUGCUCUCCAACUAUAUAGAUUACAGUGUCCCCUGCUGGAUCCUGCUUCUUGUUCACUCCAUUCGCAUACUGGUAUCAGAAGACAACACUGCAUAUCACCGACGCUCACGGAGUACCCAAACCACACAAGACUAUACCAAUCACUACACACAAGACUAUUAUACCGGAUAUCACGCAAUACUCCUUCACAAUGGACUGCUUCCAAGAAUUGACGCUCGACAUCUGCCACUGCGGUGCCGCCUCAUGCGAACACCGCCUUCUGGCUCAGCUCAGAGAAGAGGAAAACCGGGCCCUCAAGCAGAUGGUGCGAGAGCUCACUGCUAAGAUUGACUCUCUCCGCUCGAAUGACGUUCGAGCCAAUCAGGAUCAAGAUGCUUCGGCAUCGACCGACUGCGCUGGUGCGGAGACAAAGCCACGGGACGGUGCAACUCUCUGGGGCGAGAUCGAUUUCCCAGCCAACGAAUCUGGAUCUGACUCGGGUUACUUCUCGGACGAUUUUCAGAGCGAAGAGGGUGGUGCCGACGCGAUCUCCGCUGAGGCUAGCUCUGACGAUGCCACCGAGGCUGAUGACGCCUCAGAUUGGACGGAGACAUGGGGGCAGAGCGAACAGCCCACUUCAACCACUGCUUGGGAUGACAUUGGUGAGGAGACUUUCGUUUGCACAGUGCCAGACGAUAAGAAGGCAUUCUGGGAGCCCUCGGCUCACUCUCGCGUGGCUGCAGAGGUCCUUUCUGACGUUCUCGACGAAGCCCUGCUAUCUUGCUCUCGGACCGUGUACAGGGCGUUCGACAAGCUUGACAGAGAAACGUGCUUUGAGAAGUGGGAUGGCCCGAAGCACGUCGGAUGGGGCCGCUCAGAGAUUCUGGAUGCUCUCUUCACGCGCACGAACUUCUAUCAAGUGUUCGGUGGGAACCAGGAAGCAGGUAAACUGGCUCUCGACGCAGCUGUCAGGAUGCGCAACGCUGCUUGCCAUCCUUGCAACCGUCGCAGAGAUGAUCCGGAAGCAUGCACGGUCGAGCAUGUUGAUCACCUGCUCGCGAUGGCACAGGAUCUCCCGCGUAUGCUUGGCAACAACGAAGAGGUGGUUGUCAUGCAGGGGCUCAGAGACAAGCUGCAGACGGAGGCACAGAAAACAUGGACCGAGCUUCUGGAGUUGGCCGCUCACCCCGUCGAGCCCACGAUGGACAACGUCUCCAAGGCACUGUGUCGCACUUCCUGGGAUUUCGGCUUCGCCCUGCUACCAAAGGAGAAAGACAUUCCGCUCCUGGUCGCUGCGCUGAGACAGGAAGCAGAAAGCCGCCGGAGGAACGACACUGCUGGUCCUCGCUGGUGAGCUUUGCGCACGCUUUGUGGAGCCGAGUCUCAGAUCGAUUGAUGCCAGCCACGCCACUGCUGCGACGGACAAGGUUGAUGCCAGAGACGAGUGUCGGAUGGAAUCAUCAUCACGACGAAUAGUCAAGGCAAAGAGGAGGGAGUUCCCGAGACGAGUGUCGCAUAACAUUGCGACGAAUAGUCGAGGGCAGGGCAGGUGGAUUGAGCCAAAGACGAGUGUCGGGUGAGAACAUCACGGCGAAUAGUCAAGGCGAGGAGAAUGGAUAUCCCGAGACGAGUUUCGCAUAACAUUGCGAUGAAUAGUCGAGGGGAGGGCGAGCCUGAGUGGCGGGAUCGAAGUCAGGUUGACAGAGACAUUGACAUUCGGGACUGGAGACUCAGACAAGAUUGUACUGUCAGAGCAGCUCUGUGCGGCCUAGACAGAGAUUUUGGACGCGAAGGAUAAUGGAGGCAGGCAUAUGAUAGCUACUUCCACAAUGAACUGACGUAGAAUUACCCAAUACACGACAUCUCUCCGCAGAGUUUCCAAUUCUCUU